AUGCGCGCCGGUCCUCAUACCUCACGUGCUCCUGGGGUUUCGGCGCCCCGCGGCAGAGGGCCGCGUCACUGGGCUCGAGAGCCCGGACCCCGCCGCCGCGGGAAGAGCGGAAGCCCGCCACUUCCGCCUCGCGAGCGGCGCUUCCGGCCGCGAUGGGGCGGGGCGGCCCGCGCUCCCAGGCCCCGCCCACCGCGCGGCCCCGCCCGGAAGGGUGCCCGUUUCCCACGCCCCGCCUGUUCCCCGCGCGCUUCCCUCCCGGUCCCCGGCUCAGCCAGCCCAGGUCCUGACUCCGUGACCCGGACCGCUAGCAAGACGGUCUGUCAGAGGCGCCCGGGCGGAAACGGGUCCCGCACCCCACCACUGGCCAUCAGACCCCGCGGCGAGCGUCAGGGCGCCCGGUCUCCCGGCGGGGAGACCCGCAGUCCCGCGAGGGCCCCGGGGCCCCUCCGUCCCUCCCCGCUCCCUCGCACCUCACCGCGGGCUCUACAGUACACAGUCCCGGAGCAAGCCCUCGUCUCCAGAUCCCGGCGUCCCGGGCGGGCCACGUGCGCCCGGCUGUCGCGCGCCCCGCCCCCGGGGAGGAGCCGGCCGGCUCCCGGCCACUCGGCCCGAGGCCCGGCGCCCGCAGCCUUCCCGGCGCCUCCCCGGCCGGCCCCCGCCCCGCGCCCGCCCUCCGCCGCGCUGGCCCUUCCCGCCGCCUCACCCGGCCCGCCCGUCUGUCUUUCCAGUCUGGCCGGGGGGCCGCACGCUCGGCGGCUCGGGCCGUGCGACCGGACGGAGUGUCCCCGUGCCCAGUGUUUCCGGAGCGGCAUCCCAGCCCUGGGCCCGGCGGCAGCUCGCCGGGACCGGGAGUGCCCGGUUCCCGCCGGGAAGCUGCGGGCGGGGCCUGCCGGGCUCCCGGGACCCUAA